CUUUCGUGUUGUUUUCCGCUUUCUUGAGUGUGUGAAUGAACAUGUCUAUAUGAGGAUGCGGGUGUAAUGCGAGCUAUAUGUCUGUUAGUUUACAUGUUUGUAAAUGUAAGUUACAUACAUACCAUAUCGUUCGUGUUGUUAAGCGUAAGAUAUAUGAUAUUUAAUAGGUACAUAUAGCUUGGCCUUGAAUCCUAGUUACACACAUCAGCGAACAUAGUCACGUAAAACGUUCACAACCACAAUCACGCAAUCACGCGCACAAUGUCUGUAGAAGACGCGGCGUUGAAUGUCAUACUCGGUGUUGACAACACCAAGCUAAUCAAAGAUGCAAAGGUUCUUGUCGUAGGGGCAGGUGGGAUAGGAUGUGAGCUUCUAAAGUCGCUUGUAAUGGCAGGCUUCAUGAACCUGGAGGUGAUUGAUCUGGAUACAAUCGAUGUGAGCAAUCUGAACAGACAAUUCUUGUUCCGCAAGGAGCACGUGGGCAAGUCCAAAUCUUUGGUUGCCUGUGAGACUAUCCAGGCGUUCAAAACUGGCAUAUAUGUCAAAUCCCACCAUGCCGACGUGAAGGGGGAGAUGUUCAACAUUGACUACUUCAAAGGGUAAGCUGUGGUGCU